GUGUCCAAUUGUGCUGAGGUGGACGCUCUCAAACUCUCCCUUUCCCCCUCUCUCUCUCUCUCGCUCUCUCUCUCUCUCUCUCUCUCUCUCACACUCAAACACUAACAUAGUACACAUACUCACAGCAUGCGCUCUGCGCACCGCUCUGAUCUAUACACACUCGAACGCAGCACACAAGCAUCGCUGUGCUACUGUCUUGGAAAAGGCAAAAGGUGCGCAUCCUAUGAAGCGCUGUUUUGUUUGUUUUUACUGUUCUCAGCAAACGAGGAAAUAUAAUCUUAUUCUGACAUACUCUGGAGUUUGGAAGCACCUGCUCCUAUUCUGGGGUCAACAAUUUAAAAGGAGACUUCUGAGGCAUAGCGACAGAGACACCAGAGCGAGGAUGUGUGGGGUGGACGUGGACCUGGAUGAGGGGGGCUCAGGUGACGAGGAGAAGGAGCAGGAGUUCUGGGUGGGGGAGGGGGUGAAGAUGCUGCCCCCUCCCCUGGCCCACAGUGAGGGCAGCGCGUGGGGCAGCCGCCGGGGCAGGUGUGGCUGUGUGGCGUGUGGGGCGGGGAUGCUGUUGUGGAACGUGGGCGUGGUCCUGGUGUGUGUCCUGGUCCUGAUGGCCGUGUUCACCCUGGUCCUACUGCCCGCCUCGCUGCUGCUCUACGUCGGCUUCCUCUGCCACUCACGGGUCCUACACUCCCACUCUCCUUUCUGCCGUUACCUCGACGACAACAGUUGCUCCGCCCUUAUUAUCCUGGGCUUCGUGAUGAUGUCACCGCUGGUGGUGGUCGCGGCAGCCAUCUUCUGUGGGCUGCUCCGGAGGCUGCGGCUCCUCCUGCUGUUUCAGCCAAUCACACGCGCCUGGUACCGUGGACCGGGCUUGGAUUGGGGAGGCGACGUCCUUGCUUGGGUCUGAUUGGACCAACACUCUAAUAAACCAGUUGUCUAAAAGUUUAAUAGGUCAACAGUCAAGAGAGAAUCCAGUCCUGGAGAAUCACUGUGUCACCUAAUGUAUUUAGUGUCCUAUUAAACUGUAGUGAAUGUCAUACAAUCAAAUGGAUAUAACAGGAACCAGUACAAUUAUUUUAAAACAGAGCUUGACAUGUUAACAAGGCAGUGGUUAGGGGACUAUUGCUAGUCAGAGAGGAGACAGUGGAGGUAAUGGUGGGAUUUACUAGCAGCUGUUCUCUGUGAAUUUGUAUUGGUUAUGUAUAUUUAUAUUGUUCUGUUAACAUAUAGUUGUGAACAUGAUGUAGCAGAUAAACGAAACAGUAUUGCAUAAACUGUCACUCAAAUGUCUAGAAUGGAAGGAAAAUAUGUUUACAAACUUA